AUGUCUGUGGUUGUUAAACGAUCGAAAAUGGCAAAGAUAAUCUGUACCCAUUCGGGGUCAUUCCAUGCUGAUGAGUCAUUGGCUGUAUACAUGCUUCGCCUCCUUCCCGAAUACAAAGAUUCGAGCCUUGUCAGACUGAGGAGCCCGGAAGACUGGGAACGCGCAGACAUCGUCGUCGAUGUUUCUGGCAAGUACGAUGGCAAGAAAUACUUCGAUCAUCACCAAAGAGAAUUUGAUACAACUUUUUCUCCAGACCACAAAACCAAACUCUCCUCAGCUGGGUUGGUUUACAAGCACUUCGGUAAAGAUAUCAUAACUCAGAUCGUUGGACCUCAAGAUGAAGGCAAUUUGGAAAUCUUGUACCAAAAAGUCUAUAAAGAAUUUGUGGAAGCAUUGGACGCGAACGACAACGGGAUUAAUAACUAUCCCAAAGACACCCCCGCAAAAUUCUCUGAAAAGAAUAUUACUUUGCCCCUGAUGGUUUCCAAAUUGAAUCCUCGCUGGAACUUAGAGCCUACCGACGCUGACUUCGAUCGUCAGUUUGAAAAGGCUCUGGAACUCAUGGGUCUUGCAUUCCACCAGCUUGUGGAGGGUUAUGGUCUUGGAUGGCUCCCUGCACGGACAAUCGUGGAACAAUCGUUCGUUCAGAGAUUUGAGAUUGAUCCCUCAGGAGAAAUUAUGAUCUUGGACCAAUUCUGUCCAUGGAAGGAGCAUCUUUAUUCCAUUGAGAAAGACAACAAUGCCGAAGGGCAAAUCAAGUUUGUUUUGUUCGCUGACUCUUCAGGAAAAUGGAGAGUUCUGACCGUUUCUGUGACUCUGACUUCAUUUGAGUUCAGAUUGGGUUUGCCUCAAGCAUGGAGAGGGCUUAGAGAUGAAGCACUUUCGGAUGCGGCCGGCAUCAAGGAUGGUAUUUUUGUGCAUGCUGCUGGUUUCAUUGGUGGCGCUCAAUCAAGGGAGAGUGUUUUGGUGAUGGCCCAAAAGGCUUUGGAAUUCCGGAAGUAA